CCCCUAUAUAGGAGUGUUAGAGGCGGUCCCAGUUCCUCUCCCGGCUGUGCCGCGAUCUCUGUCGUUAAUAUCGCACCGUGCUCCAGGCUUAUCUCCCGCCGUCGAUCAAAAUGCCUGAAGAAAUCCAGCAUGGUGAAGAGGAGGUGGAAACCUUUGCCUUCCAGGCAGAGAUUGCCCAGCUUAUGUCCCUGAUAAUCAAUACCUUUUACUCCAACAAGGAAAUCUUUAUGCGGGAGAUAAUUUCCAAUGCCUCUGAUGCGCUGGACAAGAUUCGCUACGAGAGUCUGACAGACCCCUCAAAGCUGGAAAGUGGCAAGGAGCUGAAGAUAGACAUCAUCCCCAAUCCCCAUGACCGCACCCUCACUCUGGUGGACACUGGCAUUGGGAUGACAAAGGCAGAUCUUAUCAACAACCUGGGCACCAUUGCCAAGUCUGGCACCAAAGCCUUCAUGGAAGCCCUGCAGGCUGGUGCAGACAUCUCCAUGAUCGGACAGUUUGGUGUGGGCUUUUACUCUGCUUACCUUGUGGCAGAGAAGGUUGUAGUCAUCACCAAGCACAAUGAUGAUGAACAGUAUGCCUGGGAAUCGUCUGCAGGAGGUUCCUUCACUGUCAGAACUGACCAUGGUGAGCCCAUUGGCCGUGGCACCAAAGUGAUCUUGCACCUGAAGGAUGAUCAGACAGAAUAUCUGGAGGAGCGCCGUGUUAAGGAAGUGGUGAAGAAGCACUCUCAGUUCAUCGGCUACCCCAUCACCCUCUACCUGGAGAAGGAGCGCGAGAAGGAGAUCAGCGACGAUGAAGCAGAGGAAGAAAAAGUGGAGGAGGAUGAAGAUGCAGCCCCCAAGGAUGAGGAGGAGAAGCCCAAGAUCGAGGAUGUGGGUUCCGAUGAGGAGGAGGAAGGUGGCAAGACCAAGAAGAAGACCAAGAAGAUCAAAGAGAAGUACAUUGAUCAGGAGGAACUGAACAAGACCAAGCCCAUCUGGACCCGAAAUCCCGACGACAUCACUCAGGAGGAGUAUGGCGAGUUCUACAAAAGCCUGACCAAUGACUGGGAAGACCACCUGGCUGUCAAGCACUUCUCUGUGGAGGGGCAGUUGGAAUUCCGGGCCCUUCUCUUCAUCCCGCGCCGGGCCCCGUUUGACCUCUUUGAGAACAAGAAGAAAAAGAACAACAUCAAGCUGUAUGUCAGGCGUGUCUUCAUUAUGGACAGCUGCGAUGAACUCAUCCCAGAGUACCUGAACUUCAUCCGAGGUGUGGUGGAUUCUGAGGACCUGCCCCUGAACAUCUCCCGUGAGAUGCUGCAGCAGAGCAAGAUUCUCAAGGUGAUUCGCAAGAACAUUGUCAAGAAAUGCCUGGAGCUUUUUGCAGAGUUAGCUGAGGACAAAGAAAACUACAAGAAGUUUUACGAAGCCUUCUCCAAAAACCUCAAGCUGGGGAUCCAUGAAGACUCUACGAACAGGAAACGCCUGUCAGAGCUCCUGCGUUACCACACUUCACACUCUGGCGAUGAGAUGAAUUCCCUCUCUGAGUAUGUGUCCCGUAUGAAGGACAAUCAGAAGAGUAUCUAUUACAUCACAGGUGAGAGCAAGGAGCAGGUGGCUAACUCUGCCUUUGUGGAACGAGUGAGGAAACGUGGUUUUGAGGUAGUGUACAUGACAGAGCCCAUUGAUGAGUACAGCGUUCAGCAGCUGAAGGAGUUUGAUGGAAAGACCUUGGUGUCUGUCACCAAGGAAGGGCUGGAGCUUCCAGAGGAUGACGAGGAGAAGAAGAAGAUGGAGGAGAGCAAAACCAAGUUUGAGAACCUUUGCAAACUCAUGAAGGAAAUCUUGGAGAAGAAGGUUGAAAAGGUGACAGUCUCAAACCGGCUGGUGUCUUCACCCUGCUGUAUUGUCACCAGCACCUAUGGCUGGACAGCCAACAUGGAACGGAUCAUGAAGGCCCAGGCAUUGCGAGACAACUCCACCAUGGGCUACAUGAUGGCCAAGAAGCACCUAGAGAUCAAUCCUGACCACCCCAUUGUAGAGACUCUGCGUCAGAAGGCUGAGGCAGACAAGAAUGACAAGGCCGUCAAGGACCUAGUGGUUCUGCUCUUCGAGACAGCACUGCUUUCUUCUGGUUUCUCCCUGGAGGAUCCACAGACUCACUCCAAUCGUAUUUAUAGGAUGAUUAAGCUGGGGCUAGGUAUCGAUGAAGAUGAGGUUGCUGCUGAAGAGCCCAGUGCUGCUGUAUCUGAAGAAAUCCCUCCACUGGAGGGAGAUGAGGAUGCCUCGCGCAUGGAAGAGGUGGAUUAAAAGAAGGGUGGUGAUCUCCCCUCUGGCCUGCCCCCCCUCCAUCCCCUGCACCAUCGCCUUGCUCAGGAAGACUGGCUCCCGCAGUGCUGCUGGCAC